AUGGCCACGCGCCGGAAUGAGAUCGUCGUCGUCACGGGCGCCAGCAGCGGCAUCGGCGCGCACAUCGUCCAUGGCCUGCUCGCGCGCAACCGGUGUGCCAUCGUCGUCAUUAUCUGCGUCGCGUUGCUCGCCUGGACCCUGCCCGCCAGCGCGCUUGGCGCCAACCCGCGCUACUACCCGACCGGCCCUAGCCAGCUCGACGCGAUCCGCGCCCUGUCCGCGCUCUCGCGCGCGUGUGGGUCGAGGCUUAAGACGAACCCGAUCGCGCCGUUCCUGCUGGUCAAGGAGUUCCUGCCAGAAAUGUUCAUCUGCACGCCGAUGGUCCGCGGGAACCUAUCGCAGCCGCAGUUUCUGGCGCCCAUCCUCCACCUCAAGACAGCCGCGGGUGGCGAUCGCAUCGGCCUCGGCCCUAUCGAGCUUCGCUUCACCACUUACUGGGGCGUGGCACAGUCAAGGGUCUUGUAUGUCCUCAAUCCUGAGAUAACCGAUGCCGAUGGUCCUGUCUGUAGGGGCAAACCGUCCUCCUACGUCGAGGGCGAGUCCAUCCGUAGCCACCUGGUCGAUGUCCGAGUAGGCGUUCCGCUCUACAUGGACAUCCAGACCACCGACGUGAAGAUCUGCCCGCCGACCGAGGGCAUCUACGUCGAGAUAUGGAUGGUGCCAUUAGCUCAAGAUGUGGCAACCCUGGCGACAAGGGCAACCUCAACAAGGCUUUUUUACUGGGUACUCAGAAGGGAAGGCGACCAGGUCGUCACCAUCAACCCCAAGCUGUCCGGCUUCUCGCAGAUGUUUCCCGGUAAGUUCUCCACCGCUUGA